AUGCGGCUCAGACAGACAAACAAUGACAAGGAUAAUAGAGAUCUUGCAGACUUCUGCAAAUGGGUGCUAGAUGUAGGAGAUAGAAAGAUAAAGGCAACCUCAAAGGAAGAUGAGGAGGAUCCUAUGUCGAUAGAAAUACCCGAAGAUCUGUUGAUAAAGAGUGAUGAAGAUCCCAUAGUUGCAUUAGUGCAUGAAGUUUACCCUGGAAUAUUGGAAAACCACAUGGAUCCAAGGUACCUCCAACAAAGGGAAAUACUAGCUCCUAAAAAUGAAAUGGUGGACACCAUAAACAAACACAUUCAAGCACUGAUUCCUGGAGAGGAGAUGGUGUACAAGAGCGCAGAUAGAGUGUGUCGAACAAUGAUAGGAGAAAGAAAUCUCGAAGCAUUGUACCCAACUGAGUUCCUUAAUAGCCUUAAGUUCCCGGAGGUGCCAAAUCAUGAGAUACACAUAAAGGUGGGAUGCCCUAUUAUGUUGUUGAGAAACAUCAACCAAAGAGAUGGCUUGUGUAAUGGCACACGCCUUAUCGCCACAAGAUAA